AUGGCAAUGGGAGGAAGAAGCAUGGCGCCAGCGCUGGCGCUCCUCGUCGUCCUCGCCGCCUCCGCCGCCCUGUUCGUCACCCCGGUGUGCCUCGCCGUGACGUCGCCGUACGUGCGGCCGGCGCCGAGGGAGACGCUGUCCCUGCUCCAGGACGCCGACCGCGACGACGCCGGCGGCCAGACGCCGCAGCAGGUGCAUAUAUCAGUGGUGGGCCCUGACAAGAUGAGGGUGACAUGGAUCACCAAGGACGACGCGCCGGCGACCGUCGAGUACGGCAUGUCGUCGGGCAAGUACCCGUUCGCCGCCACCGGAAGCACGACGACCUACUCCUACCUCCUCUACCACUCCGGCAAGAUCCACGACGCCGUCAUCGGGCCACUGCGGCCCAACACCACCUACUACUACCGCUGCAGCUCCAGCUCCUCCCGCGAGUUCUCCCUCCGGACGCCGCCGGCCACCCUCCCCAUCAACUUCGUCAUCGUCGGUGACCUUGGGCAGACGGGAUGGACAACUUCGACGCUGAAGCACAUCGCGGCCACGGACUACGAUAUGCUCCUCCUCCCCGGCGACCUCUCCUACGCCGACUUCAUCCAGGAACGGUGGGACUCGUUCGGCCGGCUCGUGGAGCCGCUGCCGAGCGCGCGGCCGUGGAUGGUGACGGAGGGCAACCACGACGUGGAGAAGCUGCCCCUCGUGGCGGAGCCGGCGCCCUUCCGUGCCUACAACGCGCGGUGGCGCAUGCCGCACGACGUCGCCUCGCCGGCGCCGCCGUCGGGCGACAACCUCUACUACUCCUUCGACGCGGCGGGCGGCGCGGUGCACGUCCUCAUGCUGGGCUCGUACGCCGACCACGCCGCGGGCAGCGCGCAGCACCGGUGGCUCCAGCGCGACCUGGCGGCGGUCGACCGGCGCCGAACGGCGUUCGUGGUGGCGCUGGUGCACGCGCCGUGGUACAGCAGCAACGACGCGCACCGCGGGGACGGGGACGCCAUGCGCGACGCCAUGGAGCCCCUCCUCCGGCGCGGCGCGGGCGAAGUGGACGCCGUGUUCGCGGGGCACGUGCACGCGUACGAGCGGUUCAGGCGCGUGCGCGCCGGCAAGGAGGAUCCCUGCGCGCCCGUGUACGUCACCGUCGGCGACGGCGGCAACCGGGAGGGCCUGGCCGGGAAGUACGUCGACCCGCAGCCGGCGAUCUCGGCGUUCCGGGAGGCGAGCUUCGGGCAUGGACGGCUUGAGGUGGUGAACGCCACGCAUGCGCUCUGGGCGUGGCACCGUAACGACAACGAUGACGCGGUGGUCGCCGACCAGGUGUGGAUCACUAGCCUCGCGGCCGACCCAGCUUGCAACAGAAACAUGAACAGGAUGUGA